GGCACCUUCAUGUCCGCCGUCACAAAAAUCGCUCCCACGACCCACGGAAUCACGCACGCUGCCAACUUCCGGUAGCCGUAUUUCACGCUUCCCCAAUAUGAGUCGGCCGACGCCUCGAAAGUCGCGACAUCGCCGCCAGGCAAGCAGCACCGGACCGCGCCAGGUGGCCGUCUCCGACUACGACUCCGACGCGGCCCAGUUCUCCGACAGCCGCAACCCCCCGCCGCCGCCGCCGCCUCCUCCUCGGGACAACACCGAGCUCAGCCUGCGCGUCCUGCGCCGCUACCGGCCCAGCAUCCGCUCCAUCUUGGCCAUCGCCUCGAACGCAGUCGCCUACAACUUCCUCGAGUCGACCCAAGGCUGGGAGAAGCACGGCGCCGAGGGCACCAUGUUUGUCUGCGAGGAGGAGCCCAUCGUGGCGCCCACCGGCCAUACCCUCCCGCGCGUUUGCGUCUUUGUCCUCGACCGCCGAAGCAUGGACAAUCUGGUGAUAGACUUGCUGAGGGUGACGGAUUGCGAAGUGGUCGGCGAGCUUAUCGUCUUCCGGCUCGAGGAUGACGGCGCGGGGACCGGGAACGUGGGCGACGAGGCGCAAACCGAGAAGAGGAUCAUCGGGUUCUGGAUAUACUCCGACGAGGACAAUACGCGCGAGGUCUAUGCGAACCUGAUCCUCAGCGCUUGGCAGCAGGGCCGACACGCCUUGGAUGCCUACAUGCAGGCCGCGGCGACGGGGAGCUUAGACAACGGCCCUCCUGCCUCCGAUUCAGGGACUGCAGCUGCAGCUGGAGGCACCGAUAUCGCCGCUGGGAAACGGCUGAGCGUAACGGAGCUGUUUGGCCAGAAGAACGCCGCCCGGACGCUGCGUGUGUCGCAAUCGGUUGGCCCGACUCUCUUCAUCACUUGCCCCGUUGACGAAUACCUCGCAUUUAUCGACAUGGCGACAGCAGCCAAUGACGACCACGGCAAGCGCUCCACCACCGGUGCGGACGGAGACCGCGAGACCGCUGCCGCUGUGCAAACCCAGCUGUCCCUAGUCUCAUCGUUUGAGAAAUGGCUCGCGCGGAGAGUUGAGUCCGAUGGGAACGUGAAGCGCAUCAUCUCCAGGGUGGAGCGGAGGUUGGAAGGUUAUCGGCACUGGCUUCUCAGGAUUCAGCAAACGCCCAGUCAUGUGCUCGACGGCUCUGCCCAGGAUGAUGAUCCCUGGGCCAUUGACGCCCGCAUUCAAGAUGGCCAUGCCGAUCAGUCGGUGAUUGUGGUGACAGGGUCGGGCGCGGACGAGCCGGUCGAGGUUGUCGCCGGUGAUCAGCGAGAGCUCGAGCGUCUUUUGAGUGACGACUGCCUGGGUUACAUGAUCAAGAUUUGCCACGCGUUCGCCAAAGCCCAAGGUACCCUACGGAUGUUGCUCCAAACUACAAACGAGGUGGAAGACGAGGAAUCGCAGCUCAGCGAACCCGCCGAGGUCACGGUCAAAACAUACAUCCGCCGCCUGCAGGAGUACAACGACAUGAAGGACAUCGGGCAGCAGCUCAUCGGCCUCGUCGCCGAGAACCGAGGAGUGCCGAUCCGGACGUUGUACGAGUCGGGCGAGUUUGGCGUCGGUGUCCCACCUUAAAUGUAGACGGGGCUAGCGGUAUAGGGUUUUGGCGAGGCUUGUGUUGGCGAUCUGGGUAGUGGUGGGGUAGCAUAUGGCAUCGCUGCUUAGGAAGGGUUGGAAGUUGAGGAGGAGGGGAAAAGCCGAUGGACAAGGCAAGCUUUGAAGGGGGACCUGGAAAGAGGGCGGUGGCACUGAAUGAACGCGUUUUACCCGGCUCAUUGCCUGCCGCGUCUCCCUUUUUCCUCUGUCACCAAUGGCAGUGGAUAGGUAUGACGGGAACUUCCUCUGGCAUUGCCACAGCGCAAUAAAUUGGCAAGAAUAAAGGGGCUAGG